CGUUAGCAUAACACCGGGGAAGGGGGAAGUAUAUGUUACCCGGACCGUUGCCGUGGAGACGCGGCUCUCUCUUAUUUCCGUGCUGCCAGUGCUGCCAGCAAUAUGGUUGGCAAAAUAAAACGUGCUCGGCAGAAGCUCCACCAUGCUGCUGUGCGAGUCGCUUCCCCGGGGGAGAAUGUGCUGUGUGCCCCGGAGUACAAGGCGCCCAGUCCCGCGGAGCUGUCGGGAGCCCUGGCGUGGAGCAAGCCGCUGGGGGGGAAGGAUUGGACGUUUUCAUCCUCUGAUAUAUUUGCCUCAACAACAAUUGACCCUAAAGUUUUAACGCAGAAGUUGGACGUGGACACACAAAGUUUGGUGUCUGUUAAAAAAGAAGAGAAGAUAUUACUGCCCAAGAAAGAAAAGGCAAAGCAGAGGCGGGAGCGAUGGUUACAGAAAAUCGAUUCCUUGAUACUGGCUCAGCAGACCAAGAAGGCCCAGGCCAAGAGGAGAGCUACACCUGUUGUCGGCGACAUGCGACCACUUGCAGACGCCCUACCUGAUCUAUCAGAACUAACCUCUGCCCGCAAACCCAAAGCACCAAGGAAGCAGCCUAAAGACUCUGUGAGGAAGAAGAAGCCAGAGCAAACCGAUUACAGGAAAAUGAAGCCGGCCCAGAAACGGAAAUUAAUGGAGGAAGAAGUGUCUCGGGUCCAAGAAUUGGUCAAAAACCCUUCCUACAAAGUCAGCCCACUGUCUGCGGUAGCGGAGCACCUGCUGAAGCGUAUGAAGGCAGAGCAAGCCAAUCUCAGCUAACACCGGACAGGGGUAUAUGAAGUGCGUCUGUACCUGGAACCCGGUUCUGGCGUCAGAUGAAGACUGUCUGCGUCACCCUGCGUUUCCAGAAGAAUCUUAUACCAACAUUGGGGUAUAGUAGCAAUCGGAUACAAGGGCCUUUGGUUGUAUCUGCACUGUCAGACGCACCUGGUACUGUUAUUAGUGAUUGCCAUUUGUUUAAGCUAUUCUACCCAAUAAAAUAUGUAUAAUAUGAA